AUGUCACCGAACACUUGGGUCAUUGAAAUGCCUACGGAAAAGUCGCGUUCACGUCCAUAUCCGCAAAGAAUUACUCCUUACCGGCUACAUAAUCCUAGUAGGGAUGCUUUUACUAGGACCACGGAUCCGUCGGCAGCAACUGCCCCAACAAAGAUAAUAGAUCUCCCUGUAUUUGAAGAUAUUCGCACAAUAAUGUCCGUGCUGAAGGCGAGUGGCUUAAUGCCCAUUUACGAGCAGGUCUCCGACUAUGAAGUGGGCCCUCCUACCAAAACCAAUGAAUUCUAUUCAUUUUUUGUGAGGGGCGUGGUACACGCACUAACCCUCUUCAACAUAUAUAGUCUAUUUACGCCGAUCUCAGCUCAGUUAUUUUAUUCAUAUCGCGAAACGGACAAUGUAAACCAGUGGAUCGAACUUCUGCUCUGCAUCCUAACAUACACCCUUACCGUUUUCGUUUGCGCUCGGAAUACAAAAAGUAUGCUCAGGAUUAUGAACGAGAUCCUCCAACUGGACGAGGAGGUCAGGCGUCAGUUUGGAGCCAAAUUAAACGAAAAUUUUGGAUAUUCAGUGAAGUUUUUGGUCGGAAUCGCGGCUAGUCAGACCUAUAUUAUUGUCCUGAAGAUUUAUGCGGUGAAGGGAGCAAUAACCCCCACCUCCUAUGUACUCCUGGCCUUUUAUGCCGUUCAAAAUGGGCUCACCGCUACGUAUAUAGUCUUCGCUUCCGCCCUGCUAAGGAUCGUGUAUAUACGAUUUAAUUUUAUAAACCAACUUCUGACCGGAUACACCUAUGGUCAGCAACAGAAGCCCAAACAAAAACGAAACCACAAUGGAAAUUUUAGAGCAGCCUUAAUGGAUAACUUCCCAGAGGAUUCGCUUUUCAUAUAUCGCAUGCACAACAAAUUGCUGCGCAUAUACAAGGGCAUCAAUGAUUGUUGCAACCUAAUCCUAGUGUCCUUCUUGGGUUAUUCCUUUUACACGGUCACAACCAAUUGCUACAACCUGUUUGUCCAGAUAACCGCCAAGGGAAUGAUAUCACCCAAUAUUUUGCAGUGGUGCUUUGCCUGGCUCUGCAUGCACGUUUCCCUUCUGGCGCUUUUGUCCCGGAGCUGUGGUCUAACCACUAGAGAGGCCAACGCGACCGCUCAGAUACUGGCUAGAGUCUAUGCCAAGGCCAAGGAGUAUCAGAACAUAAUUGACAAAUUUCUCACUAAAAGCAUCAAGCAGGAGGUUCAAUUUACGGCUUAUGGAUUUUUUGCUAUAGAUAACUCGACCUUAUUCAAGAUAUUUUCAGCCGUUACCACAUAUUUGGUUAUCUUGAUUCAAUUCAAACAGCUGGAGGAUUCGAAAGUAGACGACUCUAUUCCAGGACAAACUUAA